AUGAUAGCUAAUGCGGGUUUUGACUUGAACUCCACAGUCGCCAAUGUUUGUGAUCCUGGAGGUUGGAAGUGGCCGAACACAUGGCUGAUUCGGUUCCCAGAUUUGAACAACGUGCAACCGGUUAUGUUCCACCCGAACGUGCAGGAUAGGGUCGUAUGGAGAAUGAGAUCGGGCAUGGAUAUGGAUUAUCAGACUGCGUGUGUGUGGGACGAUAUUCGGACUCAUCGGAAUGAGGUGUCUUGGGCUAGCCUAGUGUGGUAUCCUCAAGCUAUUCCUCGUCACUCGUUCUUUAUGUGGGCUGGGCCUGAUUCACAUGACCACCCGUUCUUUGCGUGUCCUUAUGCGACACAAAUUUGGCAUGGUGUUAGGGGGAAGGUGGACAUGGGAUCGAUUAACUCUUCAUGGGAUGAGAUUUACAUGUAUUUGUUGCUGUUUGCGGAGUCUAAGAAGGCCGCGCAUGUGAUUAUGAAGCUAGUGGUUGGGGCGUCCGCGUAUUUUGUCUAG